AUGAAUACCCUCAUCGCAAGGAGACCACUACUGAGACAAAAACUCGCCACCGUUACAGCUGCACUCACGUUCGCCAACGCCAUGCAUAUCCAGUCGAUCCCCAUGUGGGUGGGCAGUAGUAACAACUACGCCUACCUGGUCAAGGACGACAAGACCAACGAUGCCGUCAUCAUUGACCCGGCCAACCCGUCCGAAGUGACACCCGUGUUGCAAAAGGCUAUCAAGAGCGGCGAGAUCAACCUCACGGCCAUCGUCAACACGCACCACCACUGGGACCACGCGGGCGGAAACAAGAAGCUGCAAGGCGAGCUGGGCCUGGAUAAGCUCCCCAUCAUCGGCGGCAAGGACUGCGAGGGCGUGACGCGGACGCCGGGCCACGGCGAGUCGUUCAAGAUUGGCGAGGGCAUCGCCGUCAAGGCGCUGCACACGCCGUGCCACACGCAGGACAGCAUCUGCUGGUUCAUGCAGGACGGGGACCAGAAGGUCGUGUUUACGGGCGAUACGCUCUUCAUCAGCGGCUGCGGCAAGUUCUUCGAGGGUAACGCGGAGGAGAUGCACAGCGCACUAAACAAGACGCUGGCCGCGCUUCCCGACGACACGGUCGUGUUUCCCGGCCACGAGUACACCAAAUCCAACGUCAAGUUCGCCGCGUCGGUGCUGCAGAACGAGGCGAUCCAGAAGCUGCAGGCGUUCGCGGAGAAUAACAAGGAGACGCAGGGCAAGUUUACGAUUGGGGAUGAGAAGAAACACAACGUCUUUAUGCGCGUCGAGGACCCCGAGAUUCAGAGGGUGACGGGGGAGAGCGAGCCCGUUUCCGUCAUGAACAAGUUGCGUGAGAUGAAGAAUAACUUCAAGUGA